AGAUCUUGGCUCUUUGCAGAUCCUCUGCAAGGCUCACUCCAAAAACGUCUCAUUGUGACUUUCUUUGUUGCAAACAUGGCCGCCAUGAACUUCGAGAUUGCUAUGUCGUCCACUCCAUCGAAGACUUUCGAGACUUGCCAGCGUGACAUGACCAGUCGAAGUAGUAGUAGUAGUAGUUCAAGUAGUAGUAGCAGUUUCUGACUGCCUACAACUGAACACAGACAGCGAAAAUGGCUGUGCUUGUCCGACGCAAGCCGAAAGAACUUCUGGAACAUGGAUUGCAAAGGCUACAGAAGCUUUUAGCAGCUUUGCCUGCGCAGCAACGUUUGACGGCGCUGCAGUACUUGUCAGAACGACUGCGCAGUGCCCUGCUGCGGCACAUGGAGCUGCAACACCUACAGAGGCCGGCGAUCGCCGCCCAGACGCCGAGGUCGUCCGUUUCGAAGGUCCUUGGGAAACGCAAGGCGCCUUCAGCAACAAGCCCGAUCAAGACGAGGCCGUUGAAAGGCAUUUCGAUGAUCAAGGGUCAGGAUGGCCAAGUGCGCUAUUUUGCCCGUGCGAUCAUUUCGGGCAUCGCCAUCUCCUCCCGCUGUGUGAGGACGCUGCAGGAGGCCCAGGCGCUCCGUGAGACCCUGAACCAGGUCUCCAGCCUUCGCUCGGCGACCAGCGGCCACGGGUGUCCGUCACUGGAAAUGGCCUUCAGCUGUUCCGAGGAGCUGUGGAGCUUCAGGGCCACUGUGGACGCGCGGCGGUUCCUGGGGCGAACCUUGUCCUCGCGGCAGGUGAAAUGCAUUCACCAGGCCUUGGCUUUGAAGCAAGAGCUCGAAGGGGCACGACAACAAGGCUGGCCUGUCUUGAGGGCCAGUUGGGUGCGCAGUAUGCAGGAGCCCCGUGGCGGGCGCUUCGGGCACCGUGCGCUCACAGCUACAGAGGCAGAUGCCAUUUGCCGACUGGCAGAGAAGAAGGCUGAGAGCUGUCCACGGGCGAAGCGUGCCCACCCGCCCAUGGCGGCCACGCGCCUGGGGGCGCGCGUGGCCGCGGCUGAACGGGCGCAGGCCGCGAAGCAGAAACAACUUCAACGCUUGGCCUUUCGCUUGGAGCGGACCUUACAGGCAGUGACGAGUUGCAGAGCUACGCAGUCCUAGGAAAAGCCAACGGAGUCGUCUCCAGGGAACUUGG